UUGAGGUCGUCGGUUGUUCAGAUACUGUUGCAUUGUUCAGUGUUGAUCUUAGCCGAAACUUAAUAAAUUUUGGGUGCUAUUACAAAACAAUUGAGUUUAAUCUUACUCAGGAAUAACUGAAAUAGCGUCGUAAUGGGAAAGACGAUUUGGCUUUGCCUGCUGUUGAUAGUUCUUAUAACAGGAAUUGUAGAUGCUCAGGGGAGGAAGCCACAAUGUGCUCAAAAUGGAGAGUAUUGUCUUACGCACAAUGAUUGCUGUUCAGGAAGUUGUCUAAGUUUCUCCUAUAAGUGUGUACCGGUACCACCGAGUGCAUCCACUGGUACAAUAUUGGUUCCGGUUCAACCAGUUCCAAUUGAUACUGAAAAUCGGUUUGGUGGGGGCGAUGAUGGUGGAGCCAGCCUCACGCAAAAAACUUGCGCCCUGAAUGGAGAAUAUUGUCAAACCCAUGGUGAAUGUUGUUCCGGUAAUUGCCUCACUUUCUCCUACAAGUGUGUGCCAGUGACCCAAACUGAUUCGAGCCCCCGGGAGCCUAACAAGCAAACUACUUUGGAUUUUUCAAAUCGUGUUGGUGAAGAUACUGCAAGCACAAUUGGCAUCACAAAAACAACGUCAGCUGUAACAACUCCCAAACAGUGUGCAGGAAUUGGUGAAUAUUGUCUCACUCCAAAUGACUGCUGUUCUGGAAGUUGUUUAAGCUUUUCAUACAAAUGUGUCACCAAUCAUCAAUUAAAAGGACCGACGUCUCAAGGUGCGGCUGCAUUGCCUAGUAAUAGCUUUGUUAACCGAUUUGGAGGUUCCAGUGAUACGAGUACUAGUACGGCUAAAUGCGCUGCUGUUGGGGAAUAUUGUUUGACGUCAUCUGAAUGUUGCUCUAAAAGCUGUUUAAGUUUUGCGUACAAAUGUGUUAAUAGAUAUGAUCUUGCAUCAAAUAUCGAUCAGGCUUCGCAUACUAGUUCAAUUUCUGUUGAAAAUCGAUUUGGCGGUCCACCAUCCUCUAGCGGAGGACCACUAAAUCGUCAAUGCGCUUCGAAUGGAUUAUACUGUUCCCACAAUCAGGAGUGCUGCUCUGGAGCAUGCUAUAAAUCUAUUUGUUCUACUGAAAUUAAACUUGGUGUUCCGGAAUCUGAACUAACCCGCCCAUCUCCUAGUAAUGGACCUUACGUACCGGUGAAAAAUUUGGAUGAUCUUAUAAAUCGCUUUGGUGGAAACACAUCUGCAAACCAACAACCAAAUGGACGACAACUUUCAGCAAAACAGUGCAAAGCAGUUGGAGAAACUUGUACUCUGCAUGCAGACUGUUGCACAAACAAUUGUCAUUCAUACCGCCGUAAAUGCGUGAACUAAACAUGUUGCCCUUCUGCUUGAAUGUGUGUUAAAUGUGCUGUGUGAUUGAUAAUAAUCAAAUACAAUAUCAUUCUAAAGCGAUUUCCGAGGCGGAAGAAUGCUAGAGCAGCAAGAUAGUUUAACAUAUUUUAUGUCUGAAAACACGAAGCGCAAUAUUGAUGAAUUAAGCUAAAUGUCAAUGAAAAAGACUAUGUACUAUUUUAAACGUAUAUCGCCAAGUGUGUGCCAUAGGUUUUGACAAAUUUAAUCACAUGUGUAGGAGUUUUGUAUCACAUUGCGAAGAAUUUCAGUGAGAAUUCUAUUAAUACAUUGAAUAGAUAAGCCACCUUACCUUAAUCAACUUAUUUUAUUACGAUACGUACUUUAUUUUGAAAUGCAUUCUUUGGAGCAUGGCAUACUACUACAUGGCAUAGUACAAUAAAAAUUGACUGUAUCAUAAAACAGGA